CUUUAUUUAAUUUGUAUCGUUACCAAUAGUUUCCCACUAAAUUCUUUAUUCGAAAUAGCAUCACUAAACAUUACUGCACGGACACCACUUUCUUUUCCACGAGAAUUGGAGGCUAACAGAAGAGCCGGUCGGCCGGUCGGUUCAAAGUCCAUGAUUGUCCCAAAAUCAGGCACAGCCGCCAGCAACUCCACCGACCACCGUCUUUCCGCGAAACCAACAAAAAAAAUAACUUGAGCUCAACUGCCAAUUUUGUGGGUCCUCCUACUACCUUAGGACCCCAUAGCACUUCUUCUACGGACUACUACGGUCAUCACAUAAAAAAUAGUAAAAAACAAAAAAAACUGAAACCACCGGCCUACCACUAACUCCAGAACAAGUCAGCAACUCCCAAUCCACUUUUCCUUCCUUUUCUCAGAUGGAAAAUGAGCCUUUUCUCGCCACCCAAACAGGGCCCCAGUCUCAGCUCCAACCCAUUCUCGAAAACCAUGAUCUCUCCUUCACUCUCCCUCAGUCUCUCUCCACCGCACUUGUUUUCUCUGAAAUUCAAGACCUCGCCCAAGACCAACCCACCUCAAUUUCCAGAGCUCCAACUACUCACAAAAGGAAACCGGGUUCUUUGCAACGGUCAAAAACAGCUCCGGCCAUGGUCGUGCUUCAAGACUUGAAACCACAAGCAACCCAAGAUCCCAAGCCAAAAUCUGAGUCCAGCUCCAUUAUCAGGCAAGCCAUUUUCUUGCUAUCUAUGUACCUAAUUCUUGGUGUGGUUAUCUAUUCUUAUAACAGAGAUAACUUCUCCGGCAUAGAAACCCACCCGGUUGUUGAUGCUCUCUAUUUCUGUAUAGUAACUAUGUGUACUAUUGGUUACGGUGAUAUAGCUCCUUUGACGCCACCGACGAAAGUCUUUGCUUGCGUGUUUGUAUUGGUAGGUUUUGGGUUUAUAGAUAUAUUACUCAGCGGGCUUGUUAACUAUGUUCUUGAUUUGCAAGAGAGUAUGAUUUUAGCUGGGAUUAAAAUGGGGAAAGCCCAUGAAGGAUUUUCAGCUAGGGAUUACAUUGUUGAUGUUGAAAAGGGGAGGAUGAGGAUAAGAUUGAAGGUCGGAUUGGCACUUGGUGUGGUGGUUUUAUGUAUUGGAGUUGGAACUUUGGUUCUCUACUUUCUUGAAGAUCUAGGUUGGAUUGAUUCAAUUUAUUUGGCAGUUAUGUCGGUUACGACAGUUGGGUAUGGUGAUAGGGCGUUUAAGACUUUGACUGGAAGGCUGUUCGCAGCCAUUUGGCUUUUGGUUUCUACUCUGGCAGUGGCAAGGGCGUUUCUUUAUUUGACAGAGGCUAGAAUUGAUAAGAGACAUAGAAGGAUAACCGAGUGGGUGUUGCACAGGGAUAUUACUGUUGAGGACUUGCUUGCUGCAGAUCUUAAUAACACUGGAUUCAUAAGCAAAUCAGAAUAUGUAAUCUACAAGCUCAAGGAGAUGGGAAAGAUUGGGGAGAAAGAUAUAUUGCAAAUAUGUAACCAAUUCAGCAAGCUUGACCCCAACAACUUGGGAAAGAUAACCCUUCCUGAUCUGUUGGAGAACUAUUUAUGACAAUUAAAAAGAUUAACUUCAUCUGCAUUCUUUUCAACAGAAGAAGUUGGAAAUAUUUCCUUAUUCUGGGAGUAGGAAUGUAGGAUACAGGAAAGUAGGAAAUUGUGAAGCUUAAUGUAAAAAAUUUGCAGGUAAAUACACGCACUUUAUUCUCCUAGCAAAAGAUUAUUAGUCACUGCAGGCCACUGCAAAAGGAACUGUACAAUCACGGAAGAGUACCUGUUGGUGAUAAAUGAAAUGCAAUGAUCACGGAAGAAAGAAGAAAUGACAAUGUAUAGCAGAUCAAAAGGGUAUAAAUCAUGAGAUUUGAAAAAAUUGUAUAGUGCAAAUAAAUAAAAUUUUUGAAUAAAUAUUUUCAGACCACAUUUUCUUA